AAAUAAAAAUGUAAAUAUUUCUAUGCUCUUGUGUGAAUGUAAGAAUCAAAAUUCUCUCAUUUAUUUGUUAAACAAUAAUAUUCAGUUCCAGUUGUUACAUUAGAACGAUACUUAAAUGUUACCACUGUAUAAAUCGAAAUAUUUCCACCGUAUGUGUGUGGCAGUUGAUUGUCGCAUUAGUUUUCUUCGCAAAUGCAGCGUCCAUACAUUCAGUUUAUUGUCUCGUUUUGAAUUAUCAUUGAAAUUAACUUUCUGCAAAAUAAUUCUAAUUUAAGUAAUUUUGUGGUUCUGUGCUUGAUGGCAUUCGAAGUAUUGACAAUAUUAAUAUAUUACUAAUUCGGUGAAUGUUAAGUAAGCAGCAGAAUGAAGGAAGAUAUUGAAAGACCGCAUCAUUUUUCCUCCGCUGAAAAUGAUGAGCACGUGACAAACAGCGUCAAAAGACGAUCUCCGUCUGAAUUGGAAGAUAAAAUUCAACAUGAAGAUUCCAACUACACCAAAAUACAGACAGAAUUCGACGAUAUGUGCGACGAUGCAAUUGAAAAAAUUCUCUCCUACUUGGAAUUAGUAGAUUUGACAAAUAUAUGCGGUGUCAGUAGACGCUUGCAAACUAUUGCUAAAUCAAUAUUUUCUCGAAAGCAUGGACAUUGGUUGAUAUGUAUAGAUGCUACUCAAUUUCCUAUCGAAAGAUUUGAUCCACUGUCUGUUUAUUGUAAAAUCAAACCGAUCAUCAGGAUUAGUGAAGCGAAAAUGUGGUUUAAAUUGAUUCGUAAUUUUGGAAAAUCCAUCAAAUACAUUCAAAUUGAAACUGACUCUGUGUUUAUCGAUAAAGGAAUUAAACCGAGCUUCUAUAAAUACAUCAUUGAAUACAUUAUAGAAUACAGUGCAGAUUCAUUGGAAGUAAUCGAAUUGCUGAACUAUCCCUUUAUGCCACUAAAUAAGCCAUUAAAAAAUCUUACAAAAAUUAUCGCAUUAAGUGAUGAACAUAUAAAAUUUGAUGCAAUAGAAUACAUACCGAACGUAAAUUCUUUGUGGUUAAAAUGGAUUCCUAAGAUAUUAAAAAAUAUAUGUUUUCCGAAUAUGAAUGAACUCAAAACGUCUGAUCAAGAUGUUGAAUCAUUUAUUUCUUUUUUACGUGUUAAUCGUCAAAUCAAAAAAUUACGUGUUAUUAUACACUCAGAUAGCGAUUUAAUACUUUCAUCGAUAAGUGAAAUUUUACCAAAAUUGAAAACUUUGAAAAUAGUAUUUUCUUGUUCAUUAAGAAGACUUUCAAUGGAGAAAAUUCCAUUUUAUCAGUUCAAAUCAGUUGAAAAUUUUUCUAUGAAAAGUGACUACCAUUAUAUUGGAUCAUUUGUUUUUGAUAACCUUAAAAGAUUGUCUCUUGGAAUAGAGGAUGGAAAUUCAGAUUGGCUGAACGCGGCGAUACGUAUGAAAAAGCUGAAAAUAUUGAAGUUAACGCAUGCUUCAAUGUUGAUAAAAAAUUAUCAAAUUCUUCUCACCAAAUUAACUGAAUUGGAAUUAAUUAUAGUUAGAUUUAGUAAGCAACAUGAAAGCAAUGUUUUGAUUCAAUCUCUUGGUCGCGAAUGGAAACAGGUACAAAUGGAAAAAAUAGAUUGUCUAUAUGAUACCUAUAAAGUGAAAUUUCAACGCAAGAGAUAAGAAAGUUUAGAAUACAGUUCGUUUAUUUUACAGUAUUUUACGCCUUUAUUUAUAUUCAUUUUUAUUGUCUGAUUAAGUCUGUAAAGUUUACAGUGUAAACAAAAUGUCUAAUAAAUAUGAAGAAGAUUUUAUAUAAGAAAAUGUAUAUUACAUCAUCGUUUGUAAUUAUAUCUGAUUAAAUCAUAUCCAAAAUAUUUACUUCUAUCUACAACAUUUUAAAGACAAAGAACAAAUAAAUUGCUGAGAAUGAAUAUGAGA